AAUGGUAGAUCUUCAUCGUAUAUUCUUCUUAUCCUUACAUCUUCAUCGUUAUGUUCGGAGGAAUCUGAAGGUGGAGAAGGAGUGGCUAAAUCGAUGGUGGUCGUUGGUUGCCCUAAUUGCAUCAUGUACAUCAUCAUGUCUUUGGAUAGUAACCCUAGAUGCCCUAGAUGCAACAGCCAAGUUUUGCUUGAUUUUCUCACACGAAACAAUAGCAAAAAGAGUAUUAAUUAAAAAUAUCCAACUAAGAAUGUUCUUUUCUCUUUAUGAUUUUUAUUCAUUUAUUGCCAUUUGCCACAUA